AUAAUUGUGACGUAGUCAUUGUCGAUCUAAAUAUAAAUUUAAAGUCUUCUGUGAUAACGUACAUACAUCCAACAAUCAAUUAUAAUUUAGAGCUUUACUGUAUAUCCUUGGAUCUAUGCAAUGAUGAGUUUAAUGAUAUGGUGGUUAUUGUGGCUGUUAUUUGGUCAAGGGUUCACAAUGAAAAUGGGUUGGAAUGAAGAACUUGAGUUUUGUGAGGAAGAAUGGAAGAAAUUUGUGGAGGACAAAAUUGAAAUCGAUUCGAAAUGCAACAAUACUCGUACACGUUGUUGUGUUGAGGAGAAGAAAUAUCUUUUGGAGCGAUUUAAAAUGUUUAGUGAAAUAUGUCCACUCGAAGGGACAUGUGGAUGCAGCCCGUUUAUUUUAAACUUUACUGUUUUGCCACACGUCGAUUAUGGUGAUUAUCCUCUUUUACAAAAAGCAUUAAAGGGAAAUUGGAAAGAACCAGAAAACUUCACGUGUUCACAUAAGUACAUAAAUAAAGGGAAAGUAUAUUCGUAUCUUAAACCUUCUAAUAGAUUUGGAAUCCGACAAUACAAAAUCCUUCUCAAAUAUGUUUUAUACGGUGGAAAAAGUCACACUUGUUAUGUUGUCAUCAACGUGAACAGAAAACCACAAGGCUCAGUAACAUGUGAUGGAAAAAAUAUAUCGGACGUUAGUUGUUCUAAUAAUCAAUAUAUGGUGAUAAAAGUUGCAGAAUAUCGUGGAUUGAGAAAAGGAAGCAUUUGUGGCUCCAGUUAUAACUUUGAUUACAGUUGUAGUGUCGAUGUAACAUGUGACCUUAAAAAUUACUGUGAUGGUGAAAGAAAAUGUAAUGUAACCGUUGAUGAUAAUCACUUUCCUUCAAAUAUUUGUCCUGUGUCUUUUUAUAAUGUGACAUUUAAACUUGUGUCCUAA